GAACGAACGACGUGAAAAAUCCAUUUUCUAAUUAUUCCAAAUUCCUCUUUAGCAGCGAAUUCCUUCGUGUCUAGCAUUGCGUUGCACGACUGAAAAGCUGAAAAAGAAGCUGGAAAACUUAGAAAACUCUGUUAAAAACUCGAAAAACGUAGAAACAACAACAAGUGUUAAAACAGUGUACAAAUAAUGACGCGAAAAUUAUGAACGAAGACUUGCUGCGCGAAGAAAACAUCCAGACUUCCAAAUUUUCGUACAAAGUGCAAACACAGAAAUUUGUGUUAAAAAUAUUGCAUUAGUUAAAUUUGUAGAAGCUACAAAUUAUUCGAUAAUAGUUGCCCCUUAAAUGGUACUCCAUAACUGGACUUUUAAUAUUUGCAUUGACAGUUAAAACGUCGUCGCUAUUUUUAGUUGAACAUUUUGGACGCAUUGUGCACAGCGGGAAAAAGUGAAUCGGAACCAAAUCUGCAUCCCGUGGCUUAUAGAAAAUUAUGCAAAAAGACAAUCCCCGAGUGCAGCGACGUAACAGUUGGCAGCGUAGUUGAACAGUGAAAUACGUCUAGGUAUCGCUAAUUACUUCUGCGAGGGCAGAAUAAAGGGAGUAGAGGAAAUUGAUAAAAAUCGAGAAUCGGUAAAAGUGAUCACUUAAAAUAACAUCUGGCGUUAACCUGGAUUAGCGACAAGAAGUGCGUUAUAACAGCAUCACGAUGGCAUCCAGAAGUCACCAGUAUUUUAGUUUGCGUUGGAAUAAUUACCAAAACACUAUGACAUCAGUGUUUCAGCAGUUACGCGAAGACCUCGCCUUUGUGGAUGUAACACUUUCUUGUGAGCAUGGCUCUCUAAAAGCACACAAGGUUGUGUUAUCUGCGUGUUCGUCAUAUUUCCAAAAACUUCUUUUGGAAAAUCCCUGCAAGCACCCCACCAUCAUUCUUCCAGGCGAUAUAAUAUUCACAGACUUGAAGACUAUUAUUGAUUUUGUUUAUCGUGGCGAAAUAGAUGUUACCGAAUCUGAGUUGCAGGGCUUGCUACGUACUGCCGAACAGUUGAAAAUAAAGGGGCUUUGUGAAACGGCUGAAAACACAGACGAUUUGAACGACGCAGCUACCGCUACUAUCACAGUAUCAGAGAAUAUACAACAAGCAGUUGUUGGUAACAUUGUCAACACUACAGUAGCGCCAGGCCAAGCUUCUCCCAAUACACAACAUCAGCAGCAACAACAGCAACAACAAAUUGCAACGAAUACGGCAGUGCUCACGCACAAUAUAGGUAACGUGACUACUGCCAAUUCACAACCCAUUGGAUCUACGGUUACAAAUACUGUUGGACAGUUAGUUACCGCAGGACCAUCAUCUCAACAACAAAUAGGACGUAAAUCUCGUGUUCGUAAGCGCUCAAAAUCGCCAGAUUUACAACAGCAGGUACUCAAUACUCAACAACAGGUCCAACAGCAUCCGCAAACAAUUUUAAUUCAGAAUCAAAAUCAAGCUGCUAUCGUUAGUUUACAACAGACCUCUUCUGGGAAUUAUAUACCUGUAUCCGGAGUUCAAACCGUCACCACCAGUGCAGCUGCGCAGCAGCAGACUGUAAUCGCCAGUGACGAGUCAGACACGGAUAAGCCGGCGUUGUCGAAAAUCUGCAAGACAGAAACAGCGUCCGCGUCACCUGCAUCCAGCGUAUCCGGUGUAUCGGGUUCAAAUAAUGCUGGAAGCGUAACCACUGUCGCAGCACCAGGCACAGCGAUUGUUACGCAGAUUGUAGUAGCUCGAGACGGCAAAGACAAAAAUAUGACUAGUUUAGGAAUGGGAAUGAACGGCGGAAUUCUUGGCGUGCCAAUGGGCUUUUUAGAUUUUGCACCAGAACCACCAGCACCUUCAGCAACACCUGUAACAGUUACGGAACAUGUUGAUUUAUCAUGUAACCCCAAUACCGACACCCGAGAUUUAUCAAACCCCACCGAAGCACUUGACAUCGACAAUCACUUGGCUCAACAUAUGAUUCAACGGCUUGAUCAAUCUCCGAUGCAUGCGAUCCACCAUCAAACAGGCGAUGAGAGUAAUUCGAAUUUAGUUCAGCAUAUUAAGAGUGAGGUGAUUGACGCGAAACAGCAACAACAAGUACAGCAACAGCAGCAUCAUCAGCCACAACAACAUCAAUUACAUGCACAACAACUCACACAAACACAAGCACAGCAGCAGCAACACCAACAACAGCAUCAAAUACAUCAACAACAAACUUCUCAUUCUCAUUCAACACACACCCAACAACAAUCACAAUCACAUCAGGACAUAUCCGGUGCAACAGUAAUGGAAAUCGAUCCGAGCCAAAUAAAACAUGAACCUGGAAUGAUCAUAACACCGGAAAUAGUUAAUAUGAUGACAACUGGACAUAUGGAUAUGUAUAAUUCAGAUACAAGUGAGGAUUCAAUGAUGAUAGCAAAUGGCUCACCUAACGAUCAAAAUGAGCCUCACUAUACGAAUUUGGACCAACAACAUGUGGAUAGUAAAGGUCAGUUUAAUGGUCCCAAAACUUGGACUCAAGAUGAUAUGAAUUCAGCUUUAGAUGCGUUGAAGAAUCAAAAUAUGAGCCUUACAAAGGCUUCAGUUACAUAUGGCAUCCCAUCUACAACUUUGUGGCAACGAGCCCAUCGUAUGGGCAUCGAAACCCCAAAGAAGGAAGGUGGUACAAAAUCAUGGAAUGAAGAUUCUUUAAAUAACGCUCUAGAGGCCCUUCGCUCUGGGCAAAUAUCAGCAAAUAAAGCGUCUAAAGCCUUUGGUAUACCUUCGUCGACGCUAUACAAAAUUGCGCGACGUGAGGGUAUACGCUUAGCAGCUCCAUUUAAUGCGGCUCCAACAACGUGGACUCCGGAAGAUUUGGAGCGAGCAUUAGAGGCAAUACGUGCUGGUCAUACAUCUGUUCAAAAAGCCAGUGCCGAAUUUGGAAUUCCGACAGGAACACUUUACGGCCGCUGCAAACGUGAAGGUAUCGAAUUGUCUCGUUCAAAUCCAACACCUUGGUCAGAAGACGCAAUGAAUGAAGCUCUAAAUUCAGUCCGUAUUGGUCAGAUGUCUAUUAAUCAGGCCGCGAUUCACUACAACCUCCCCUAUAGCUCUUUAUAUGGUCGCUUUAAACGAGGAAAAUAUGACGUGCCCAAUACUAGUAGCACCUCCAUAAAUAACACAUCAGGAAAUACUUCGGGAAGCAUCGAAAUUAUCGAGCAUAGUCAAGAAAACUCGUUACAUAUGUUUCAGCAACAGUUCCAAUACAGUCCGUCGCCACAUCAACAGCCGCAGCAUAGUGGUCAAACUCAAUCGCAGACGCCUCAUUUAACUCAACAUGUUGUACACAUUCAGCAAUCACAGACUCAUCAUCAGCAGCAAGUGCAUGCUCAACAGCAACAACAUAUCCAACAACAAGAUGUUGUAACAUCUAGCAGCCAAGUGGCACAUAGCAGUGCAGCGGCUGGGCAGCAGCAACAAAUUCAACAGAUCUAUCAUCAUCACAGCACGCCGGAAAGAAGUUGAGAAUCACUGCAACAAGCAGCUAACAAUAGCAACUCAACUAUAACUAACAGCAGCAACAACAAAAGGAAGAAAAGCUCUAAAAGUAAACGUUGAAAAAGGGGCACCAGUGAUGUGUUUUGGCGUAUGGAGGUUUAUAAUAUGAAAGCAAAAGAAAAUAUGCAAAGUGAUGAACAAAUUACUACGAGAAGUACGAAAAGCGACCGCAAAAAGUUCAGAUUAAAAUUGUUUGCGGGCAUUUAAGGAUGAAUUUGUUUCGGAACUGUUCGGAAAUAAGAUAUAUUAAACCGAAUUAAGAUAUGACAGAAAUAUUGGCUUAGGAAUGAUAAAUACGCGUAUAUAUAGGAGAUUUGAAUUAGUAACUAUUCGUGAAAGCGACACAUCUUUGAGGUAACAUAAGUUUUAGAAGUACGUGUGUACAUAAAUAGUGCAUACUCAUGUAAUUUUGAAACUCUUGAGACAGAAGCUUUCAACAAUAAAUAAUGGGAGAAUAAUUUUAUUCACGAAUGCCAAGUGAUUGUCCACGGGUUUGCCCACAAAAAGUUGUAUUAACUGAAGUUGAAAAUCCUUAUAGAAGUCAAACGGAUUUUCCUUUUGCAUAAUAGAAGAAAAUGGAUUUGAAACAUGAAUUGUAUUUUUGAUAAUUGAAUAGUAGCAAAACUAAUUGAAUAUAAAAAUAAAUUGGGUAAAUUUAAACCGAAACCGAAAGAAUCAAAAGUUUAAAUUUUUGGAGUCGUGACAAAAUUAAGAAUAAGUUCUUUCACCGCUAGCUUUAGUGAGAAAAAUAGUUUUUAUCUUAAAAUAAAAUACGGUUUUGCCAACCAAAACUAGUAGUAAACAAGUAGGUUUAAAUGUAUUACAUUUACCGAAGUGGAUAAAAAAGUAUGUAACGGGAAUAUAAUUAUCCGAUUAAUUUGAGCUGGUCGUGUGACUUUUCGUUAAAUAUUAUUAUGUAUUCGAUACUUAUAUAAAUGCCUAAAAUAAUGUUAAUAAUAUUUCCUGUAACUAAAACAUAAGAUUUUUUGUUUCAAAAUAGUUCAUUGAACAGAAAUUUAAUAAUGUUUUUUUCCAAAUCAAUAUCACAAAAAAAAUAUAAAAAAAUAAAAAUUGUACCAUCAUUUUAAAUGGAUUGCUAAUGCAAGGAUGAAACAUCAAAAUUUUUAAUUAUAUAUACAUAGUUAAAUGCAAAUACAAAGUAUACAAAAAAUAUCCAAUAACGAAGAAUGAUAUGAUAGAUGAUAAAUUAUUAUAAAUAUUAACAUAAUAUGAAAAGACCAUCAACUAGAAAUUUGUUGCUGCUGCUUUGGAACAUUGAAUAGUAAGAAAACUCUCAAUGGAGAACUUCAUCCAUGAUGAUAAUCUAAUGUUAAAACAGACUAAAACAUAAAAUAAAACAAAAAUAUAAAUGUAGUUAUUAUUACCAUUACUAAGGCAUUCAUAUUUAAACAAUAUGCAAUAUAAAAAUAAUAAUGCAAACCUUUCAACAUCGCAAGUGUACACUUUAAACCGUCAUCUUUAGAAACUGGAUCCGAUAAUAUUAAAUUUUUAGAGCAUAAUUAAAACAGAUUUUGAAUUAAUGCAGGGCCACUUUUGUGUACUUUCUUGAUUCGCAGUAUAUUGUCACUUUGAUUGAUUCAUAUCAGAAAUUUGUAACAUGAAUUGAUUGUAUACGUAUUUUACAUUUGAUGAUCGACUCAACUCAAGCAAAUUUACAACGCCAAAAUUGAGUUAAUUGAGUAAAACUACUCUACACGGAUCUCUUGCCAAGGAAGAGGGCAAAAGAAGGUAAAACAAAUAUCAAUAAUGUCAGCCAAUUCUUAAGUAUUCGUGUAUGCAUAAUUAUGGCGAGAAUUCAAAAAUACGAAGCAAUAUUUCCUUGGCUUAAUUAAAGAGUUUGGUGGGUUGUCAAUUCAAUUUUGAGCUAAUUUUAACUUUUCUUCUUAUUAGUUGUGAGAUAUUAGUUUUUUAUAAAGAGAAUUUCAUAUUUAAGCGCCGGAACAAAAGGACUUACUUUCCGAAAAGGUUAAGGCUUUACAAUUUGUCGAAACCAUACUAUGAAAUGAUAAUUACAAUAACACUGUACAUAAAUAUAUUAUGGCAAAUAAAUAUGGAUGUAAAAAUCGCA